AUGCUCAAGAAAUCCAAUGAUAUUUAUCGCCAUGGACUGCAAUUGCUGAUUCCGUCGUGCUCAUCGCCACUCAUCUCGCGGCUUCAUUCCGUACAGCAUCUCCUCCAUAGAUAUAGACUUUACGCCACGGCUCAUGGCUUCCCCGAACAAGACCUGUCCUGGCCAUCUUCCUCCUCGUUCACUCCCUAUGAUGUGUUCAAACAAGACAAGAAGGCUCCGUACUCGAAGUCUCGGUUCUACGAGCUAGUCAAGAUCUACCACCCGGAUCGCCCGUGUCAUGACCACCCAUUGUGCAAAGACAUUCCGCCAGAGGUGAGACUGCAGCGGUAUCGCUUAGUCGUUACGGCCCAUGAGAUCCUUUCCGACCCGGCCAGACGAGCCGCGUACGAUUUCUCCGGCGAAGGAUGGGGCCUUCACCCCCGUCGCAGCGAGGGCCCGGCGCCUUCCUGGGCCCGAUCGGGAUCCAGUGACUAUGGCCCCAUCCAUACAAAUGCCACCUGGGAGGACUGGGAGCGAUGGCGCAACCGUCAUCAGGGAAAGCAGCAACACAUGGUGGACAAUCGCACUUUCACCAUCUUCAUCAUCCUGCUCACGCUCUUCGGAGGUGCGAUGCAGGCUUCCUGGAUCACUCGGGUUAGCACGGGCUAUGAGUCUCGGCUUCAGGAGCUCAAUAGCGAGUCUACGCGGUUCUUGACGGGGCGACGGGAGAAUACUGUCAACCAAAUGGCAUCGAAUGAGGCUAAAGUCCAGCACUUUCUCAUCCGCAGGGACCCGUCCGGUUAUGGGUUGAAGGGGGAAGAGCAGCCGGUUUAUCAGACUUUGUUAAACCCUCGAACCUCCGAUUCUGAGGCCGAAGUCGAGGCCAUAACGGCCAAAGGCCAGGGGAAGCCAAAUCGAAAACAACAGGACGAUAAGUCUAAGAUUGGAUCUUUGUCGCCUGCACAUGAACCCACGCGGGAGAAGGAAGCGGCACACACACAGUAA